AGGUUACAGCUGCAGUGAGAGGGAGAAAGAGAUAGGCAAAAAAAAGUACAAAGACAGCCGAGUGAAUUAGGGAGGGGUUUUAACCGUUUUAAUUGGGGUAAAACCACGGGUUUUCCCUCAGACAUCGUUUUAAUUUUUUUCCGUGUACUAAAAGCGAUGCGACUGGGCUUUUAAGAUCUGAAAAAAAUAAGCGGAGAAAUUUUAGGAAAAGGAAAAAAAUUAUCUCAGGAUUGAAUUGAACUGAAGGAGCCGCCAUGGCAGGAACCACCACCACCACCAUCAUCAUCAUCACCACCACCAUCCUGCAUUGAGCUCAGUCAAGAUCAAUACAGAGCUCUGAAAUCAUUUCAGAUUUAUUUCUGACGAUUAUUAUAAAAAUAUUUUUUAAAAAAGACAGCUAAUUUGACCGGGAGAAAUUUGCGCGAUGAAACCAGGUGGACAGGAUUAAAAUUAAGAGGGGAUCGAAAAUAAAGGAAUAUAAAAGUGUCUUUUUAAAAUACAUAUAUAUGUUUGAAAAAUUAGAUGUCGCUUUAAAGUAAUCAUGAGUGGUCGACCCAGGACAACGUCUUUUGCUGAGAGCUGCAAACCUGUGCAGCAGCCGUCUGCUUUUGGGAGCAUGAAAGUCAGCAGAGACAAAGAUGGCAGUAAGGUGACAACAGUGGUGGCGACACCUGGACAGGGUCCAGACCGGCCGCAGGAAGUCAGCUAUACUGACACCAAGGUGAUUGGCAAUGGUUCCUUUGGAGUUGUUUACCAGGCAAAACUGUGUGACACAGGGGAACUGGUAGCCAUCAAGAAGGUUUUACAGGACAAAAGAUUUAAGAAUCGUGAGCUGCAGAUAAUGCGAAAACUGGAUCAUUGUAAUAUCGUCCGAUUACGGUACUUCUUUUACUCCAGUGGAGAAAAGAAGGAUGAAGUGUACCUCAACUUGGUGCUAGACUAUGUUCCGGAAACUGUGUACAGAGUUGCCAGACAUUAUAGCCGAGCCAAGCAGACACUCCCGAUGAUUUAUGUAAAAUUGUAUAUGUAUCAGCUGUUCCGGAGUUUAGCAUACAUCCAUUCCUUUGGAAUUUGCCAUCGGGAUAUUAAACCACAGAAUCUACUGCUUGAUCCUGAAACAGCUGUCCUAAAACUCUGUGACUUUGGAAGUGCAAAACAAUUGGUGCGUGGUGAACCAAAUGUUUCUUAUAUCUGCUCACGGUACUACAGGGCACCGGAGUUGAUCUUUGGUGCCACAGAUUAUACCUCCAGUAUAGAUGUAUGGUCAGCUGGCUGUGUGUUAGCAGAGCUAUUGCUAGGACAGCCCAUCUUCCCUGGUGACAGUGGUGUUGAUCAGCUGGUAGAAAUUAUAAAGGUCCUGGGAACACCAACAAGAGAGCAAAUCAGAGAGAUGAAUCCCAACUACACUGAGUUCAAAUUCCCUCAGAUCAAGGCACAUCCUUGGACUAAGGUCUUCCGACCCCGCACUCCUCCGGAAGCCAUUGCAUUGUGUAGCCGUCUGCUUGAAUAUACACCAACCGCCCGUCUGACGCCUCUAGAGGCAUGUGCACAUACAUUCUUCGAUGAAUUACGGGACCCAAAUGUCAAGUUACCAAAUGGACGUGAGAAACCAUUACUGUUUAAUUUCACUACUCAAGAACUGUCGUGCAACCCAGCACUGGCAUCAAUCCUUAUCCCUCCUCACAUUCGGAAUCAGACUCCUGCAUCAACUCCAACGAAUGCUUCUGCGGUGUCAGAUACCAACGCUGCUGUGGACCGUGGACAGUCUACCAAUGCGGCUUCAGCUUCGGCAUCCAACUCAACCUGAGGACGGGAAAGCCCUGGCUCAAAUUUCCAGUCAGCUGCAAAAAUGCUGGUCAACUAUGAAAAUUGUCAUUAGUGUUCAUUUUAUUUAAUCUUGUUUCAAAAAUAUACACAAAAUAAAUACCAACCAAUCAUUUACUCACUGAAGAGGGAUUGAAAAGGAAUAAGGAGAAAUGGUAAACUCCUCCCUUGACAAUCUUUUAUUGCAGUCUGCCGUAGUGUUCAAAUCUCCCCCACCCAAUCCAAAAAUAUGAAAGGCUGAGGUGUGUUUCACUCUGGUGUAGUGCAGGAUUUGAUUUAGCAUGAAGCGUUGCCAUCAGAUUCAUUCUUAAUCUGAGUAAGAAGAUAGUAAUACUUAUAGAUAUUAAGGUUUUAUCAAUACUGGACCUGUACCUGAUGAGGAUACAGAUCCUCUGAAAUAGCUACUGCAAGAAAGACCAGAGACUCAAGUCACCAUAAUUUCCCUGCCUAGAAGUGAAGUUUGAUAUUUUCAGUACUUUUUUUUGUCAAUUGAACUUUUGACUCUUCAGGGCUAAAGAUUUUUUUUAAUGGUCCAGUACAACUCUAUACUGGUCCCGUUUAUUUAAAGCAAGGUAUUGCAGAAGCAGUGUAGCACACAUAUAUAUUCAAGUUAAUAAAACCGCAGGUCCCAGAUGAUUUCUGAGCUACACCAAUUGAAAUACAAUCUUGAGUUCUUUGAAGGAGUGUAAAAAAUUAUCCCAAUGAUUUCAGAUUUCCGUUUUUUUUUUCUCCUGUCCUCUUUUUCAGCCAUCUCCUCUCAACCACCACUUAUUUUUGAUUAUUUUUGUUUUGUACAUAAAGUAUGUGGACCUGGGAACUGAUGAGAGCAACAAACAUUCAGGGCAAAUUUUGUUAAUUGUAGGAGAGCUUUUAAAGCCAUAUAGUUUCAAUUCUGUACUAUAGGUGCGGCUACGAUGUAACAAUAAGGAACUAGUGCUGUAUAGUAUAUAGUUUGGAGUGCCUUUGCUUCCAAUGUUUGAUUUUUUUUAAUUGUCCCUCAGUAUAUUUGCUAUUUCUUUCAUAUUUAACCCUUUAUGUACCUUUUUUAAGUUGACAUCUGUCUUGUAGAGAAGUUUUAUUUUUAUUGCUUGUAUCAGAUUCACAUUGCAGUUGGAACAAAAACAGAUGUACAGAAUUGUUGAACACUUCAAAAGUUGCAUAUUUCACUAUUUAAAAUGUUUGGGCUCUCAGCAGGUUAUGACAAUUUGCGGUUUGAGGCUGGAUUAUUCUACAGAAAAUUGUUUCCAGUUAAUUUGGCAGAGUUAAUUUGAAAGAAAGCUACAAUAUAACAUACUAGAAUCUAUAUACAUGUGUAACCAACUUUUGAACACUUGUGCUAUGCCAACUCUGUUUUACUCUCCAAACAUUUACUGUAGGAUAUGAAUCUAGGAAUGAAAGUAAAUCUGGCAGAGUUGCUAAUAGUGCUGCAUGAACUGAUGACUUUAAAUUUUUAAUGUACAAAUUAUAUAAUUAUUUGACAUUUUAUAAUGCAAAUUUUGAUUUUAAUUACUUUUGUUUUACCAAAUGCUUUUAUCUUGUGUGCACCGAGUUAACACUGGAGUGUCCCAUUACAUGGCUUUCAAUCUGAACUGCAGCUUUAAUUUGCAACUUCUCAAGUUUCAUGUGAAUUUGUACUAAGGAUGAGAGAACUGUUAGGAUUUGGUUAGUGCCUUUAAAGGAACAAUUUUAUAUUGUUCAUUGAGCUUUUGCCCUUUCCUUCUGUCUGUUUUUGUAACAGACUUAGCACAAUUUUUGCUAAAAUACCACACUGGUGAUAUUUGUCACUUUUUGAUUCACAAACUAGAUCUGUAAAAUGAUAUAAAAUGAGGAAAUGCCACUAAAUACUGCAGUGGAGAAGUGGACAUCGGGCAAAAAUGGGAAAAAGGGCAAGUUUAAUCUGAAUGGUUUGCUCAUCCUUAAAGCAUCUCUACUGCAGUAUAUAUUCAUUACAAGCCACAAGAUAUGCACUAGCAUUGGCAGUGUACAAACUGAGUUAAUUUCCAAGUAAAGUUGAACUGGCUGUGUAUAUUGUCUGAUUCCUGUAAUGGAGUGUACACGAUCACGUUGUCAUUUUGUUAAAUCUUUUACAGCCUGUCCUUAUCAUAAUUUAGUCAAAUAAUUGGCUUUGUAUUUUCUGGCAAUUCAACACCACAGACUGAUGAACUUCAGUCCAAUUUAUAUUUCUUGAGAUCCUGUAUUAUCAUAAACUUUUUAAAAAAAGUUUUCACCAUGUAAGUGAUGCAGUCCCUUUGAAGAAAAUGAAAUUUUGGAAAUCUAAUCCAAAGUUAGUUUUUUUUGUAUUUUUGUUUUUGAAGUGUUUUUUCCAGGUUAUUAACUCUCACCUUGCUUGUGUUUAGUACCAUUUUGACAGUGCAUAAGCCCUUGCUGCAGCUGCUUCUCAGAACUGACCACUGGCCUUAGUUAAAUUUCUUUAAUGAAAAAGCAGAUUUAUUCAGAAUUUGACUACAAUAAAUGCUUUCCUUUUUCCUUGAGGGUCUGAUCAAAGUGAACAUUUUCUUGAGCUUCUGAGUUCAAGAUAACUGUUCCACAUAAAGAAAAAUUAGAAAGAGGUGGUUUAGAGUUUUUUUAAAAAAAAUCUUUCACAGUAGGAAGCACAUUUUCCAGAUUUUCAAACCAUGGCCUGCUUUUACAUAUUCUACCAGUUUGAGCUACAAAAUCUGGAGGGGGGUGGGGGGGGGGCACGCAAAGGUUCUUGGGCAUAGAUUAAAUUAGGCUAGUGCCAAAUGAGCAGAACUUGCAGUGAGCAUAAGGCUGAUACUUGACAGUAGAUUUUGAUGGAUGCUGUAGCAAAAAGUGUUGAGAAGACCUGGGUAUUGGCAUUACAUCCUAAACUGCAGGUAUAUGCACGCAACUUCAAGCUCUGUGGGCAGUUUAAGGGAUUCCAGAGUUGGUUUGUACAGUUUUUUUUGGUGUAAGCUAUUUAAUAGUGCACAUCAUAAAAAUAUUUUUAUUACAAUAUGGAAAUUAAUAUUCAAACAGGUAGACAUACUUUAGGUUUUUAUUUUUUAGCAUAUGCAAUAAAUAUUCCUCAUCUUUGUGUGUUUUAUUGUUACUAAAAAGCUUAUUCACUACAGAAUUGUUACUUCAGCUCCCAAUCUUGACAAAAUUCUUAAGUAAAUUUUUCAAGAUGUGUACUGUUGUAAUAAUUAUAGUGGCAGCGGGUAGUGAAUGAGUUAAUUAGCGAUGUGAACUGGUAGUUUGAUUGGGAUGGUCUUUGUUACGCAAUUUGUAUAAAUAUCCAAAACUCAAUCUCAGUACCUUCUGUGUUCCUCGAGGGAGUGGAGGAAAAGACAAACAACUAAAACACUUCAGUCAGCUUGCUGAACAGAGAUUCAGAAAUGUGGCUAUUGAUUUAGCAGUAAAUCAAAUGAGAGUCAUCCACUAGCAUGUUGCUAGCCAGCUAGAAUUAAAUUAAAGCCCAGCCUAUUUGUAUUGCAGUGGCUGUAAUGAAGUUUCAGUGCUUUAAUUUAUUUUUUUUUAAAGUGCUAUUUGGUGCCAUUCCUCUUUCAAUUCCCUGGUCCUGAGAAGGUCCAAGUAAUAUCAUUAUAUCAGGAAUACAAAGUAUAUGUGAGCUGUAGUCUCUCAGUGAUUGGGUUUAGUGAAAGUAGCAUAAUUUUGAUCCAAAUUUCUCCUUGUUUGAACUCUUCGGGGGGGGUUGGGGGGGCUGGUGUCUCCAAUUGCUGCCUGAUCAAUUUGAUUUCCAAAUUGAAAUGAAUGGUUAGAAUUUUAUUGCAAUGAUCAACCAAAUCUUUGAAACUAAGGUGAAAUGUUGAAAGUCAUUGCCUACAUCCUUGUUUUUAGUUGCAGUUUGCAAUUGGUACACAAAGGGUUAAACGUGGUAAUUUACUUGUGUGACUACCUGCUUGCCUGUAUAAUCCGCAUUAGAGAUGUUUUGCUAUGCUUCACACAGCCUGUAUACAAAAGCUUGACCACCUCUCUUGUCAAAAAGGACUGUGGAUAAUAUACAACCAUUGCAUCACUUGUGAACUGUCUUGGUUUUAAAAAAAGCAAAAAAACAAAAAAAAAACCUGUUUAACAUUAUUACUUGAAUGCUUCUGUUUGUGACUGAAUUUUUAUUUCAUUUUAAUAUAAAUUUUUGUGAAGUAUGCUUGAUGUUUAUCCCUGUAAAUACAAUUCGUUCUGUGUGACUCGGUUCCGAAUAGAUACUGGUACUGUAAUUUGCAUUAAAUAAACAGUAGGAUAGGCCACAAACAAUUCAUAGUUCCUUCCUGUCUAAUUUUGUAAGUCUUCCUUUUCUCGUGCAGUUGAUUUGAUCAAGUGAAAGUGGUUAAUUCUUCCACAGGAUUUAAACCUUUUAAUAUAGGUUUGCAAUGUAGUCUGCCUUUCUGUAUUUAAUAAAAUGUCUUGAUUGUAGUAUUUUGAGUUAAAUACAUGUGAAAAAUAUAGUUUAAUCACUAGUAAAGACCUACUGGGGUGGGGAAAUAAAAUAGUGUGUUUCAUGAUAAAUAUGCCCAUUUAAUGAUAUUAAAACACUCAGCUGAGUGGCGUGGAUGUCCAAAGAGUAGUUGUAAGCUUGGAGAGGCUAAAGUAGAAUCCUGUUUUAGUGAUCUGUUUGGCCAGUAGUUCAAACGCUCACUAUAGCUGGUCAAUGUAUCAAAAGGCAGCCAAAUCAACUCUGCUGAUUCCUUAGUUUGCAGCAUGUAUGAUUGCUGCUUGUCAUUCACUGGCUCUUCAAUAUUCCAAUCUAAAGUAUUUCUUCACUCUUUUCUGUGCCCUCCACCCCCUUAAAAGUGUGUUCUGAACCAAGCAGCCUUAAUAUGGAAUAGAAAUUAAAUGAUUCUCUUGCAUCUCAAGUGAAUGUAUUGAUUGUAAAAUUUGGUUUGCUGUCAAGAAUAAAAAUAGUGAUCAUUACUUUCAGUAAUAAAAUAUGAUAGUGACCUAGGCAAAAGCAAAGAUAUCAGUUACAUUUUCUUCAGAAGUAUUCAAGAUGAACCAAUUUGCAAAGUAAUCAUUGUAAAUUUAAUCACAUUUUACUCAAUUUUUAUUUACACUGUGCAUUUGGGCAGAGCUGUGAUUACUUGCAUCUGACUGAAACAAUGUGAAGCUGAACUGCAAACUAUAUGGUUGUAUAUGAAUACGUACACAAGUGAGCUACCAGAGAAAAUAAUAGAAAUUGCUGCUGUUCUUGUUUCCUCAAAGUGUUACUUGGCUUAAAACAAUAAAAUUAUACCUAAAUUGAAAUAA